CAGCAUUCUUCUUCUCGCUUUUUUUCUUUCUAAUUUCUAUCAACAUCUCGCCUCACCUCACCUAUCUCGACCAGCUGUCAUUCCCCCUACUCUCGGGUAAUUUGAGACAGACAGACAUCCAUCGAUCCCCGAUAAGCAAGGGGGGAAAAAACAAACUAAACUCCCCGACGUCAUCCCCAUCCAACCGUCACCAUGGGCAAAGGCGGUCGCAUCAUCUGCAUCUUCACUCCAUAUGUCCUCACCAUCGCCUCCUUAAUAUGCAUCAUCAUAGUGGGCCUGGGCUGCACCAAAGCCAGCUCCAGCACCCUGGAUGAUCUCUACUUCUUCAGAGCCAAUCUCACCAACAUCACAUCCGGCACCUCCACCUCCUCAGCCGUAUCCUCCGUCGUCAGCGACCUGACCGGUAUCUCGGUGCGUUCGGAUUCAGAAUCGGCCACCGACCUCGCCUCCGCCCUCGAGGAAAUCGAGAAGGAUUUCAACAUCGCGGACUACUACUCCAUCGGUCUCUGGGGCUACUGUGAAGGAAGCCUCGACAACGGCAGCAUCAGCACCACCAACUGCUCCAAGCCCGUGGCCGAGUUCUGGUUCAACCCUCUCGAUGUCUGGAACCUGGAGGAGUCCGGUCUGGAGGAUGUCUUCCCCAGCGACGUCAAGAAGUCCCUGAAGACCUACAAGGCCGUCUCCAAAUGGAUGUUCAUCGCCUACAUCAUCGCCUUCAUCGCCACCAUCGUCGAGCUGGUCGUCGGUGUCUUUGCCAUCUGCAGUCGCUGGGGUAGCUGCGUGACGAGUCUGGUGUCUGCCGUCGCCUUCGUCUUCACCGCCGCCGCCUCCGUCACCUCCACGGCCAUGUUCGCCGUCCUGAAGGGCGUCUUCGAAGCCGAUCUCAAGAAAUACGGCAUCACCGGCUCCAUGGGCAAGAACAUCUACGUCGCUACCUGGCUCGCCGUUGCCUUCGCCCUCGGCGCCUGUCUCUUCUGGGUCUUCAGCUCCUGCUGCUGCUCCGGCCGUUCCCCCUACAACCACCGCAACCGCGCCCCCCGCGGCGUCAUGGCCGAAAAGACCCCCUACACCUACGAGGCUCUCGGUCCUUACGGCCAGCACCAGCCCUCUAACCCCGCCUACGGCAACACCAGCACCGCUUAUCCCCCUCCCCCGCCCCCGCCCACUCACGGCAACCAGCCCUCUCGGUCGAAUGCCUAUGAGCCGUUCCGUCAUGUUUAAAUAAGCUAAACAGCUUGUUUAAACGUAUGGCAUGAAAAACAUCUCAAACGAAAACCUACCUAAAAGGGGAAGAAAAAGAACAUACAUACAUACAUACAUACAUACAAACCAUGUCUUGGUUCGAUUCACGGCGUUCGGCUUCGGGUAAUGACCACACACACACACACUAUCAUGAGGAACUUGAUUUUUUUUUUCUUCUGCUAUCUUUGUUAUUCGAAAGAGG